AGGCUACCUACCUUCCUAGCAGCCUGCCUAGUGAUUAAUUUAGGUUAUGGAGUACCUAAUAAUUGACCGAUUGUAGGAUUUAGUAAUCCUUUGGUCGUGGUUGUCACUCAAAACAUUUUACCCCACCAGACAGUAAGCAUAACCUAGCGUGUAAUUUGUUCAACUUUUAUUCCUAUUUGAGUGUUUCCCACGGAUCUCGCUCGCUCACUCAACCGCCUCCAUCAGUAACCCAGCAUCUUGAUUCUUAUCAGCGAUCGCCAUUUAUUAGAUAAGAGAACAAACGAGAGCAGAAAAAGAUAAAGGUGCGAAGUAGAGUAUUUUUUUUACUUCAUUGUCUUUAAUGACGCAAGCAAGAGAAUCCAUGGCCCAACUACCAGAUUCAAGUCAGUUCCGUGCUGAUCUGAUUGAAAACUAUGUCCGGUGCUAUAACCAAUGGAAGGAAAUAAUAGUCGCUAUCGAUGACAUAGUCUGUGUUCUUCCUGAAACUAUGUGUACUGAAGUUGGUUAUAAGUUGCUGUUUCUUCAGAGAAGAUCUGAAGAUACAAAUACAGAGGAUUCCACGUACCUGGAAAGUAUUCAGCUUACAUCUCUGUCGCCCACACUGCGUUCUCAGUACUUGUGCACAGAGCUCCCUCGUCAUUUGUGCUCACACGAAACUGAAAUCCAUAUAAUCGUAUCCACAGCGUCGGGAACAGGGGCUGCCAAGAAUUUGUACAGAAAUAUUCUACAGCCUUUCCUAUUGCAACUUGGUGUAUGUGAUUACAACAUCCAUGAGACACGAUCCUCACGGACCAUCACGGAUCUAUGCAAGUCAGACUUUCUUCCUUGCGCCCAGACAGGCAUCCAUGAGACCAUUAUCCUCCUCUCAGGGGAUGGAGGAAUAGUCGACGUAGUCGAUGCGAUAUACAGUGCCCCGUGGCACUCAAUCACCCGGCCCACCAUUGUCUUAGUCCCCACAGGAACUGGAAAUGCAAUGGCUAGUUCCCUGGGACUCACUUCACAUCCAACAACCUGGUUGAACGAGCUGCUGCGAGGAAGACCGAGGCCUUUACCGACCUUCGGCGCCAAGUUUUCACCCGGCGCACAAUAUGUCACCGAGGAAGGCCGUGCUCGGGCUAGUAUAAGUGCCAACUUUAAAAGCAAGUAUGAAAUUCCGAAGGUACAUGGUGCGGUUGUUGCAAGCUGGGGCAUACACGCCGCCUUAGUUGCCGAUAGUGAUACCACUGAAUACCGCAGCUUUGGUGCCGAUAGGUUUAAAUUGGCUGCAGAGGAACUUCUCUUCCCUCCAAGCGGUGCCGAAAGCCAUAGAUAUGCUGGUACAAUUAGUCUCACCAGGUGGGAUAAUGAAGCUAACAGCGAGUAUGUUGAGAUCAUGGAGAUUAAAGAACACAUGUAUGUGCUGGCAACGAUGGUCCCGAGACUUGAACGUGAGUUCGUGAUCUCACCCGAGUCUGUUCCACUGGACGGUCGCUUGAGAAUCAUCCACUUUGGUCCGGUACCUUCCGAAAAAGCCAUGCAGUUAAUGGCCUCCGCGUAUCAGGGAGGUCAGCAUGUGUUUGACAGGAGUGUCUUCUACUCGGAGAUUGAGAGGCUUAAGAUUGUAUUCCAUGAGACGGAUGAGAGGUGGAGACGGGUGUGCAUUGACGGCAGAAUCAUUGCAGUCGAGUGUGAUGGCUGGAUGGAGAUAUACAAGGAGCCAGAAUGUCUAUUAAACAUUCUGACGUCCGUUGAGUUUUAAAACCAAUGACUAUGUCUUAAUUUUCAGCGUGUAUGUUUCCAUGAGAACUUCCCCGCCUCUUCUUAUUUACUCAUUAGAUGGCUACAGUGGGAGUUUGGAAGUAUAUGACCUAGGGAUUGGGGUCACAUGCUUUAGAACCCCCACCAUAUUAGCCUUUCCACUGAUUCCGUCCUGGAGACAAUCGAUCCGCGUUGGGUGUAUUCCUUGAUCAGCCGAGCAAUAACACUGGCUCGGUUCAGUAUGGUACUGUGAUUACUCUAGGUAUUUAGUGUGCUGGUUGUACUGCAUGUAUGUACAGUACUUGGAUUCUUUGCUUCACCUGGCGCCAAGUCGAGUGGCCAUAUCUUAGGGCGCCGCAGUCAAAGACUGGAUCAAAUAUAUAUGAAGGAAUUGACAAGGUAUAAAUUGGUUCUAGUUAUAGUAUAAUAUAGAUCUCUUCCACUUGUAUUACUCAUGUAUAUCCUUGUCGCCGCUGAAUACAAC